UCGAUUUGCGUAACACGCUGUUCGAGCGGAAUACAAGACAGACACGCAGUGAGUCAGCGGGUUAGUCCCGAGGCCAGCAACAAUUAUAGAAAACCGCGGAAUAUAUUUUCCGGGAACUGUUAAACAAAUAACACGCGAGCUCGGUGUCGGAAAUCGACUACCCAGCCAGUACCCGUUCAACUUUCUUACCGUCGAGGUCCCGAGAUCGAGAGUAUCGCGAAGUUUCGAGCAUUCCGGGAUAGAUCUGCGCGCCCAGCGAGUGGUCGCGGUUGGAACAGCCCCCUGCGAGGGGUUCAGCGGUCGCGAGAAGGACACGACAGGUUGCGCGAGAAGGUGACCCCUGCGAUUGCCCGGUGCACGUUGGGAAGGAAAUGGGAAGGAAUGGCCGCGCUAAAGCAUCGGGUGGUGACCGAGAUCCAGGCAAUUGACGGAAAACGAGUGGCGGAGUGACGGCGGCGGUGGUCGUCGGCGGUGUGUCGAAGGGUGCAGCUAGGUCGGUAGGUACCUAGCAGAUACGCGUAGGUAGGGCAGAGAGCGGCGCAGGUAGGGCCUGGCGUGGACGCGCUGGGUUCUGUGGUGGUUGAUAUCGACCCGCGUCGUAGAGGGUCGGAGCUGUUGGGGGUCGUAUGGCGCAAGCCUGGACGGGAACGAGGGCGAGGAGGUGAACGGAGACGGUGGAGGCGGCGAGGAGCGGAUGGAGAGAGUGGCGCUCCGCUUCCCUCCGAGUAGAGAAGAAAGAGCAGCGGCAGUAGUAACCCGGCCAGUACCCCGCGCGCGGGUGCAGCUGCAUCCUAAAAGCCGUGUGUGUGAGAGUGCGUGAGAGUGCUACCGAGGCGUGUGUGUCCUGCUGGCGAGCAACGAUCGCCGGGAAGGUCGAGUCCGAGGUGACAGGGCCUGGACUGGGUGUCAGCAUCCGUUGCGAAGCGUGUGCUCGCGUAAGGGGCUCGCCGAGGGUGAGACCGUUCGGAGGGUUGGGUGUGCAGGUUCGUGGCGAAGCGAAGAGGAACGAGUGGAGGACAGGAGCGAACGGUGGAUCGCUCGGUGGACGAUAUUCCUCGGACGCAUCAUCGUCAGCAGGCUAGCGCGACCGAGUUUCCAUGCGUGUAACGCGCGCCUUAGCCGAAGGUAUGUGAAACGGGGAGAGGCGGAGAGAAAGAGAGAGCGAGAGAGAACGGCGCCAUGUUACGGAGACAAGAGACCUCGAACGAGGAUUCCUACCUGAGCGCGGGCAGGCCGUCGAACCUGCUGCGGACGAGCUUCAGCAGCGCCAAGCUAGAGACGCUCUAUCGCGCCUCCUCCCUUCGCCAGAGACGCGGUGGUCUCGAGUACUUCCUGAUCUCGGUGCUGUUGUAUGGUAUCCAGACAUUAGUCGUGCCGGUGCAGGAUCUACCGGCUCGGGGCUUCACCGCUGUCUUCCUGGGCUUGAACCUAGGCCUGCUGGCCUGGAUCGAGCACAACCAGAGGGCAAAGGACGCGUUCUGGUCGGUGGUCCCUCACGUGGCCUGGCAGUUGACCAUCGCACAUCUACUUGGUCAGCUGUACUUCAAGACCACCGAUGUCACGCCUGGGGACGCGCUCGGAUGGCUAUUGCUCAUGCUCUACCUGCUCUUCGCCACGCUACCCCUCAGGCUCUCACUCUGCGUCCUGCUCGCCAUCGCCACUACCGUCGUCUACAUCCUCACCGUCGUAGGACUAUCCAAGGCACCCUCGCAGAUACCCAUCGAUAUCUUGGUGCUGACAGUGACGCUGUGCUUGGGCGCCAUGCUUCUUGGCGCUUCUAGUUACUCCAUAACGGAGUUCCAGCAGCGUAGGACCUUCCUGGAGACCAGACAGAGUCUAGAGGUGCAACUGGUGAUCGAGGAGCAAAGCGCGGAGCAGGAGAGGCUGCUGCUCAGCGUGCUUCCGAAACACGUGGCUGUGAAGAUGCGACAGGACCUCGGCGCCACCCUUAACACCCAGUUCAAGAAGAUCUACAUGUCCAGGCACGAGAACGUGUCGAUCCUCUACGCGGACAUCGUCGGAUUCACCGCCAUCUCGUCCACCUACAGCGCCAGCGAGCUGGUGAAGAUCCUCAACGAGCUGUUCGCAAAAUUCGACGAACUCAGCGAGAGGUACGAGCAGCUGCGGAUCAAGAUCCUAGGUGACUGCUACUACUGCAUCAGCGGUGCUCCCGAGGAGAGACCAGACCACGCAGUGCUGUGCGUGUACAUGGGUUUAUCCAUGGUCGACGCCAUCAAGUACGUGCAACAAACGACCAAUAGCCCCGUGGACAUGAGAGUAGGCAUACACACCGGCGCAGUGUUGGCCGGUGUCCUGGGUCAGAGACAAUGGCAGUUCGAUGUCUACAGCAAGGACGUAGAACUGGCGAACAAGAUGGAGAGCAGCGGGAUGGCUGGGAGGGUGCACAUCUCGAACGCGACGCUGAGCUUCCUGAACGGCGAGUUCGAGGUCGAGCCAGCCCACGGCGAGGACAGAGAAGAGGCACUCCAGGAGGCGGGCAUAGUCACUUACUUCAUAGUCCGGGCGUUGAAGCCCUUCAAGCCGGUUGCCGGCAAGUCCAUGGCCUCGCUCAAGGACGCGGAGAACACCAGGAAGAUGAUGGAGAAUAAUAGAGAAGGGAAGAACAACAAAGAGGACUCGGAGGAGUUCAGGAAGAGGCUGAGGAAGGAGCUCGACAGCAAAACUGGGGAGGCAUACCUGAAAGUACACGCACACUGGCUAUCCCUGCGAUUCAAGGACUCGAAGCUGGAAUCCGCGUUUCACAACGCCGAAGAAGCAUUCUCCCCUUUGUCAUUACUCGGCGGGCCAUUGGUGAUGAUCUGUGCUGCUCCAGUUUGGAGGUUUCAACCCUGGGGACCUUUCACGUGGGGUGGUAUCGGGGUAGUGGUUCUAUUCGCAGUGGUUCUCGCCGCUGCCACGUGUCUGGGCAGCGCCAUCAAGGCUAUGUGGCUCAGAAGAGCCCUAGCUUUACUCAUGACAUUCUCCCUCGGUGAUUUUCUCCUCCUCGACAUGUUCAACUGUGUAGUGAUCGAGGAAACCAUUCCACCCCUGAACGCCAAUUUAACCCUGUCGUCGAGGUGUCCUUAUCCUUCUUACUACACGUACAUCGGGGUGCUGACGCUGGUGGCGACCUCGAUGCCGACCUACAUAUGCUACCUGGGCAAAGCGUACCUGAUGUACGGCAUCGCAGCUGUCCACUAUUUCAUCAACAUCUGGCUCCUGGGGCCCAGACUCGACUGGGAGAAGUACGUCUCCACUCCCAUCGAGCCGGAAGCAGUCCGGUCCAAGUACUCCCUAUCCGUCUCUCUGUUCGUCGUGGCCACCUCGCUGGUCUUCGUGUCCAGAUACGCAGAGAAGUCGAGGAGGAUGCUGUACCUGCGUGGCAGACAGGUGGUGGAGCAGAGGGAAAGGGCGGCAGACAUAAAGCGAAGGAACGGCACCCUCAUCAUCAACAUCCUUCCACCACACGUGGCUGCCUAUUUCCUGUCAAGGGCGAGACACCACGAUGACCUGUACAGCCAGAGCUACGCGGAAGUGGGCGUUCUCUUCGCCAGUAUGCCAAACUUCGCCGAUUUUUACAGCGAGGAGAGCAUCAAUAACCAGGGCCUCGAGUGUCUCAGGUUUUUGAACGAACUCAUUUCCGAUUUCGAUGCGAUCCUGGACCAGAGUAAAUUCAAGGACAUCAUCAAGAUCAAGACGAUAGGCUCGACGUACAUGGCAGCGUCUGGUAUCACGGAGUCGGCCGAAUGCGAGGACGCCCCUCGAUGGGGCCACUUGUCCACACUCGUCGAGUUCGCUCUAGAGUUGAAGAAAGCGUUGUCGAGUAUCAACGAGCAGAGUUUCAACCACUUUGUCCUGAAAAUGGGCAUCAAUCACGGCCCCGUGACCGCAGGGGUGAUCGGUGCCAGGAAACCUCACUACGACAUCUGGGGGAACACCGUGAACGUCGCGUCUAGGAUGGAGAGUACUGGGAAAGUAGGCUGCAUCCAGGUCACAGACGAGACCCGAAAAAUCCUGGAGCCAUUCGGCUACGGCUUCGAACAACGCGGCCUGGUGUUCGUCAAGGGCAAAGGUCAGCUACUCACGCACUACCUAGUGUCCAAGGAUGGCGUGUCCUUGAACCUGGACAGCGACCUGCCGGUCGAGCCGACCCAUCCGAUCAUCUAUCAGUAGGCUAAUACUCGAAGGCUCUAAAACUUCAACGCAAACUCAUCCUCGACCACGAAGGAACCUUUCGUUCUCUCGAUAACCCUCGAGCAGGCUGUUCGAGAUGAACGAAAGAGGAGAUUACCGAGGAGACGAGGCCUCGAUACUCGAAAUCUCGGGCUCGAUUGUGGAACAGGGAAAAUUUCGCGAACCUGACAGAGUUCUCCUGCCUCGAGCGAAGGAUGAACGAGGUCGAAGAAGACACAGAGAUCGAGAAUCUUUGAAAGGAGAAAAACCGAGGACAGAGCUGGGCCAAACGGGAUUUUAUUCGACACGGUUUUUGUUCUUCCUUGAAAAGAAGUUCCUCCUGAAAAAUCAUCCUACGACGAACUUGGUCGCGUUGCGAAUCGUCGAGCUUGUCGUACGAAAGAAUUCUGUCGCUCGAGAGACGCCCAGAGCUGGUCCAAGGUGUCUAAAGAAGGUCAGCCACUAGAGAAAAAUUCUUACCGCUGUCACAACCGUGGUCUACUGCUGAUAUCGAUUAUCGUUCGUUGGAGAUGAAGAACAGGGUACAAAUCGAAGAAACAAUUUCAGUCGCCGAGUUAAUAGACCAAAAUGACUCGAGUACGUACAACGCACACGACUUAACAAUGGCAGGGAACGAGGUUGGGAUUUAAUCCUUUCGUCAGCAGUCAUUCGAGACCUGAUGUAACUCAAGCUUUCAAACAAGCUUCGAUCAAAUCGUUCAGAUAUUAUAAGCGUAGAACGAAUAAAAAUUCGUAUUAGCGUGGUGAUUUUUAACCAUAUUAACUGAUCCAAAUUCUAAAGCCAAGAUGUCGAUAUUGCUUUUUUAUAACAGGUUCCUUUUUCUAACGACGCUCAUAGCUCGUUAGUGCGAUACGAAAGGAUUAACGAAACGAAUGGAGUGGGGGAGUAACGAUGAGAUAGAGAGAGAGAAAGAGAGAGAGAGAGAGAACAGUGGGUGUGACUAAGAAAACGAGAAAGCACGGCCUAAGCGCGAUGACAGUGGUCAGACCUGGCAGAAGUAGCGAUAGAGAAAACGAAAUGGAGGAUCGAAGCAAACCCUUCCGAAAGAUACUCCAAACAUUUCCGAAACUUCCUCAUUUAUAUUUUGAAAUCGCAAAGAGUCAUUUCUCAGGCUACCUUAAGUUGCAUCUACAUUGAAAAGUGUCAAACACGGUAUCAAAUUAGGGAUCGUCCUAUGCCACGAUGGAAAGACGUCUUUCCUUUCGAUGAACUCUCAGAAUCGCACAAAAAUGAAACGAAAAGGGCGAUCACUGAAUCUCGAAUUAUUUCCACUGUUCGCGUACUUCCAGUUGAUAUCUGCGCUUCACACAGUCCACACGCUACAUCUCUCUGCGUACAUACACACAUACACGAAACACAGGCACAGAAAGGGGGAUAGAGAAUGCGGGAAACGGGAGGGGGACACACCCGACUAAAAGGCGGUAUUGUAAAGUAGCAAUAAAGGAAAUUUUGUGUAUAUAUAUAUAAAGAGAGAAGACGGGUCGAUGGAACAAAACGGAAGUAACGAACGACCCGGCUGAAUGCGUGUAUAGCCGUGUAAGAAGAAUUAUAUCACUGUAGAUAUAUUAGCACCAUAGAUGUGAGACUUCGAAGAGGGAACACUCGUUGUAAACUUUCAAAGUAUACUUCUUCAGACUGGGGAUACGCCGGGGACUCGUGCGAGUCGAAUGGAAU